AUGGUAAAGAUUGACCUACAGAGAGCAUAUGACUCUGUAGAAUGGAUAUUUCUAGAGAAAGUAUUAGAAGCAUUAUGUUUCCCACCUAAGUUCAUUCAAUGGCUUAUGGAGUGUAUUCAUACAGUUCAUUAUUCAAUCUUGUUAAAUGGAGAACCAACUGAGACUUUUGAUACUGCUAAGGGCCUUAGGCAAGGGGACCCAAUAUCCCCUUACCUCUUUGCUAUUGCCAUGGAGUACCUCAGUAGAUGCCUACACACUCUUAAAGAGAAUAAAGAUUUCAAGUUCCACCUUAAAUGUGCCAGGCUAGGUAUCACCCACUUAUGUUUUGCAGAUGAUCUUUUAUUAUUUGCUAGAGGGGAUACUGGAUCUAUCAGUGCCAUGUACAACUGCUUUCAAAUAUUCUCACAAGCUUCAGGGCUAUAUGCAAAUGUGGGGAAAAGCUGCUUUUAUUUUGGGGGCAUUACUCCUACAGUGCAAAAUACUCUCCUUCAGCAAAUUGUUUUUGGGCUAGAAAUUAUUUGUGCUGCAAUGACCCCUUUGAUUAACAAGAUAGUUGCAAGAAUAUCAUCUUGGACAGCUAAGAAGCUGUCAUACGCAAGGAGGACACAGUUGGUUCAAUCAGUGCUAUUUGGAGUUCAAUCACACUGGGCACAGCUAUUUGUUAUACCUGCAGCUAUUCUAAAAGCAUCUUGGAUGGUUAAACAAAUUAUUGAAGUUAGAGGAGUAUUUGAACUGCAACAACAAUUAUGGAAUCAACAACCAGUGAACAUCAGAGAUAUCUACUUGGUGCUCUUAGGAGAUAGGCCUAGAGUUUCAUGGAAAAGCUUAAUGUUUGCCAAUGGAGCAAGGCCAAAGGCUAUAUUUACUCUAUGGCUUCAGAUACAAAAUAGACUGAUGACUACAGAUAGACUCACUACAUGGGGGAUAGAUGUUGACCACAACUGCAAACCAUAUCAAGGGCAUACUGAAACCAGAGAUCAUUUAUACAUUCACUGUUAG